AUGAACUACUAUUGGUUUGUGCUAUUACCGGCUGUGUUAGUAAAUUGCUACGGAAUGAAGUGUAAUGAUUUUGAUCAUAAAAAGAAGAAUGAUUCGCUUCCAAAAACUUUGGCUUUGAAAUCUAACUAUAAGGUAGUGGUUCGCCACACAAAUUGGAUUACGAACGUAACAAGUUUGAUCACCGAAAGCCGUACAACAGACCAAACUCAUAUUACAGUCUCAUCGCGUUCCACUGGUACAACUCAUUUCAUCCUCGGAAGCCGCAGUUACACCUAUAAUGAAACUUCUUGUACGGUUUUGCCAAGUGCUGCAGCAAUGCCGGCAGUGUAUUUACAGCCGCAGCUUGCUGAGAGCUUCAAUUUCACUGGUACAUCAAUGGCUGAAUUGAUCACUUCCCUUUUGCAUUACAAUUUCAACUACGGUCAUUUACAGAAUGAAACGGAAGUUGGUGGGAUUGAUGCAGUUUUAUGGCUUGGUUGUGGUAAAAUACACGGUAAAAUAAUGCAGUUAGAAGCAGCAUACGCAGGGGAACAUUCCCAGAAAUCGUAUUCCUCAGCUGUGAAAAAUCCUUAUAUUUUGUCUCUGCGAUUAUCUGCUUUUAACGCUACUAAUAAAAUGUUAAUUGGAUAUGAUUCUGCUGAGAUUACGCAACUUGAGAUGCUACCUGAUGAUUCACAAUUGAAAACAGAACUGCCCGAAGGAUUGUACUGCAAUGGUUUCCCGGAAGCCAAAAGACCAACCAUGUUCCCGAACCAGUUCGAGAUGUCCUUCGAUUACACCGAUGUUAACGGGAAAGUUAUCCACGACAUUGACGGAAGGAUACGCCUUUUCAUGGGAAACGCAACAAUUCCCGAAGGAGUGACAAACAUUCAUAUUGUUCACGAUUUUCAAUAUGGACUUCAGUAUUUGCUGGAUGGGGAAAAUAAUGUUUGUAAUUCUGUAUCAGCGAUCGAUGAAAAUUUUGGUGAUGUUCAAACGAUGAAUGCUUCAACGAAAGAAAUUGAGUUGAAGAAACCAACGCAGUUGUUCUUGAGCUCCAAUGAUUCGGUAUUCUAUUAUGCGGGGAAGCGAAUAGUUGAUAACAUACCACUGGAUGUUUAUGUCACGAAAAUCAGUAGUUCACCUACAACCUCAACAGUUAUUGAAAUGCUUUACACGACGGAAGAUUGGGUUGUGGAAACAGCUGUGGCACCUUUCCUUCAUUCAAUAGUCCAGUACCAUAAGAACGAAUCAGGCAGGGAAACGAAGACAAUAAUUCGCCUCCAUUCAUUCAAAAACGAUUCAGGAAGCGGAAUCCCGCCAACUUCACCUUCCAUUUAUCCGUGUCUUAAACUUGUUGAAGAUAGUUAUCUCUAUAUCAAUAUCAAGAAUACGACGCUCAAAGAUUUGGAAAGCUUUGGAAUUGGAAGAGUUCGAGAAGGUUUACGCGAAGCCGUGGCGCAUGUUGCUAAUAUUUCUGUGCUUCGAAUUGCUAAUUUCUUUUUUAAGCAAAUUCAAGAGAACGUUGUGGCAUUUUUCGUUAUUGGUGAGGCAUCUGGCGUUAAACCUGCAAAUACAUGGAAUAGAUCUAAUGAAACAAGUGCUGAAUCAGCCGUUAACUUACUGAAUGCGACACUGAAGGAAAAGGAUAUAAAAUUCCCUAUUUUUAUUGGUCAUCGUUUGGUGAUGCUCAGUCUUUCAAAAGCAAGUUUGGGCAUCAUCCCAUCAGUCUGGGCGCCGUUGCCAAUGCCCACAUUUCGUGGUUAUACAGGUGGUUCGAUGUUUGUUCUUGGUUUCUUCAUGCUUUUGCUUGGUGCAGCACUUGGUGUUGGUAUUGUAUACUUUAUUUGGAAGCGACAACGUUUUAGUGGUCUCGCUUACCAAGUAUUUGAGUAA